AUGGUCCAGGUAGGGCCCCUCGAAGAAGGCGAGCUGUCCCAGUGGGUGACACAGACAGACGGGGAUGCGAAUGAGGCCUCCCUUCCCAGCAUUUACCAGACGGCCCCAGAAAGGGUCCCCGCUAUGCAUAAUAGCCUCCCCUUCAUUCUAGACGACCUGAAAACAGAAACCUCCCAGAAGCAACUUUCGACAGCCCAAAAUGUCAUGAAAUCAGUCUGUCAACCGUUCCUCCCACCGUUAGAUAAGGCAACACAUGUCGAAUUCCUGCUCAGUCCUCUAGAUGAGGGUUUAUCGGGCGGGUUCGUGGGCCUCGACGCUAGCAGACCGUGGCUAUUGUACUGGUGCACCAAUGCUUUAUCGCUUCUCGGGGAGAAUGUUGGAGUUUACAAUGACCGAGCUAUCACGAGUCUCAAGCCACUGCAGCAUCCAAGUGGAGGCUUUGGAGGGGGGAACGGGCAGGCUCCUCAUGUUGCCGCAGCAUAUGCUUCCAUUUUAACACUUGCCAUCACAUCGUACCACGCCUCGAAGGGGUUACCUGAUAAUGAGCGGCUAGCUGUCUAUGCUAAUUCAUUUGCCUGGAUAGACCGGCAGAAGCUAUUACAAUGGCUGCGGAAGAUUAAGUUACCGAAUGGAGGAUUCAAGGUCAACGAGGGCGGAGAAGAGGAUGUGCGUGCUGGGUAUUGUGCCUUAGUUGUGCUAGCUCUCCUAGGAUAUAAUCAAGAAGAGCUUCAAGGCGACCCUUCUCUUGGUGAACUUCCACUUCUAGAUGGGGUCGCCGAGUACUUCAAAAGCUGUCAGACCUGGGAAGGUGGGAUUGGAGCCAAACCGAAUGCCGAAGCUCAUGGGGGCUAUGCCUUUUGUGUUCUUGCUGCAUUGUGUCUUCUUGGUGACCCCGAAGAAGCCUUGAGCAAAAACUUGGACCUUGAUAGGCUGGUUUCCUGGCUUUCUGCUCGACAAUAUGCUCCCGAGGGUGGGUUUUCCGGAAGAACCAAUAAACUGGUCGACGGGUGUUAUAGCACCUGGGUUGGGGGUUGUUGGUCACUCGUCGAGGCUGCUGUCAAUGCGAUCGAGUCUGGCAAGACGGCUGUAAAAACGAAUAUUGGGGACCUAUGGAGCCGGAAAGCUUUAAUUCGGUACAUCCUCACCUGCUGUCAAGGCCCUCACGGAGGUCUUAGAGAUAAGCCUGGAAUUCGUCCGGACUAUUACCACUCCAACUAUGUGCUACUAGGCCUUUCAGCAGCUCAACAUUAUUAUUACUACGACAGGUCUUCCAUUGAGUCUCUUGCUCUAACAAGUUCACCGUUCAGACAUGGCUAUCGGUGGAGAUCGAGUAAGAAUGUCCCCAAGCCUACUGGAAAUGAUGGGACUGGUGGAGGUUGGCUAGAAGGCCUGGUAUCGGAUGAAAGUGACAGGGUAGGAGCUCAGCAUCCACUAUUCAAUAUUCCACUAGGAGCAGAGAGUCAGCUUCAGAGCUGGUGGGAGUGGUUUAACGAUGUCAGCGAUGAAGAGGCCGUUUUAACAGAAACCUGA